AUGAAAUGCAGAAUUGUAAAUUUCAAUAAAUAAAAAAAUAUAGCGACAAUAUAAUUACAAGAUAAAUCAUAAAAAGAAGUAGAUGCAUCAAAAUUAUAAAUAAGAAGUGAAAUAAUAGAAACAUAUUAAGAUAUGGUAAAUAUGGAUAUUCUAAAUGAACCUGAAUUAUUAGAAAACCUAAAAUUGAGAUUUUAAUAAAAUUAUAUAUAUACAUAUGUAGGUCCAACUCUUAUAGCUAUAAAUCCAUUUAAAGCAAUAGAUAAGUUAUAUGAUUAGGAAACUUUAAAUACAUAUUUUUCAAUUAUAGAGAGCGCUUCAGAUAAAUCAUUAUAUAAGUAAUUACAACCUCAUGUAUUUGGAAUUACUGCUUAAGCUUAUAAAUAUCUUUUUGAAAAUAAUAGAAACUAGGCACUUAUUAUUUCUGGCGAAUCAGGUGCUGGAAAGACUGAAAAUGCAAAAUAUUGCAUGAAAUUCUUAACUUCUUUAGGACAAAAUAUGUAAACUACUUAAGAAAAGCUUACUGGAAUAAAAGAUUUAAAUAUUUAGAGAAGAAAAUUUUAAGAUGUAAUCCAAUUUUGGAAGCUUUCGGGAACGCAAAAACAAUAAGAAAUGAUAAUUCGAGUAGAUUUGGUAAAUAUGUGA